CAAGCACCCGUCCAUCUCCUUCAGCUCGCAAUUCCAUCCCUUCGACUCUUCCCAAUCUCCAUCAAGCCCUAACCAUCGUUUCUGUUGGUGAUUAUUGCCACUCCAUCCAACCCUGGUUCUUUGUCUCUUAUUUUUCCGACCCCGCGUCAUUUCCUGGAACGAACCACCCACCUCCGUUUGCUAUCCCCGAAUCUCCCCAGAAUCAUGUCCGACAAGCACACUCCCCCGUCCGAGCCACCCAUCGGCCGUCGACGCUCUAGCAUCGCUGGUCAAUGGGCCGAAUUGAUCAAUCGCAACCCCUCCAGCUCCACCACCGGGACCUCCGCAUAUCCAGGCCCCAUCUCCGCCGCCGCCCAGGCCCAGCAACGCCGUCGCCUGUCCCUUACCACCGUCGGCCUCUCCGGCUCUCCCACCGGGUCCUCCCCGUUCUCGAACAUGCGCUCCCGCGGCGAGAGCCUGUCCAGCGCCAACAGCAGCACCGUGGACGAGAGCCCGUUCGAGGACGCCGACGCUACCGCCGCGUCCGCCAGCGUGCCGAGCACCCCGUUCGGGCGGCGGAUGAGCUUCGGGGCGCGGGCGAUGCGCGAGACGCGGGGAUCUGCGGGUGCAGUCAAUGGUGAGGGCUUCAACUUCGCCGACAAUCUCCGCACACGAGCCGAGCGAUCCUCUAUCUCCACCGCGUCCGGCCCCGCUGCGCCGUCUACCGUCCCUCCUCAUCAACGGGCCAAGAGCGUGGCCGUCAUGGAACCUCCGAAAGAGGUGGCCAAGCCCCGGACGCUCGAUUCUACGCAAGAGCGGAUCCUGAAGGGGGACUUUUACAUGGACUGAGUCGGUCAAGCCUGAUCAUGGCGAACGGAACCCCCAGCUGUUGUUCCACGGCCAUGGGCUCUUACUUGCUCUUCCGCAGUAGUGUAUUUAUAUUUGACGAAGUUUCAAGGGUCACCGCGAAGGGCCGGGUCUUCACGCCAUAAGAGACAUGACUGUAUGUCAACUGUCGCGGUGUUCAAGGCGUUCCACUGGCUCGAUUUUCCCGGUUCAGGAGGGAACACGGUCAAAUCAGGGACAUGUCCGAAAAUUGGACUUGCGUGU